CCUUAUAAAUAGCACCCUCGUCAGUUUCCUUUGAGCAUCGGUUGAUGUUUGCCCAGUCCUCCCUUAAAGAAAAAAUCAUACAUAGUUUUGUUUGAGUUGCAAAGAUGUUUUCGGGUAUGUCUGGUCUGAUCCACAAGGGGCACAAGAUAAAGGGGACAGUGGUGUUGAUGCGAAAGAAUGUGUUGGACGUGAACAGCGUAACCAGUGUUGGAGGCAUUGUCGGUCAAGGUCUCGACCUUCUUGGUUCCACCGUCGAUAAUCUCACUGCCUUCUUGGGUCGAUCAGUUUCUCUCCAACUCAUCAGUGCCACCAAACCAGAUGCCAACGGAAAGGGGAAGCUUGGAAAGGCUACCUUUUUGGAAGGUAUCAUCACUUCACUGCCAACUUUGGGAGCAGGCCAAUCUGCAUUCAAAAUUCAUUUUGAAUGGGAUGAUGAUAUGGGAAUUCCUGGAGCAUUUUACAUCAAGAAUUUCAUGCAAACCGAGUUCUUCCUUGUCAGUUUGACUCUUGAAGACGUUCCAAACCAUGGAAGCCUCCACUUUCUUUGCAAUUCCUGGAUAUACAAUGCCAAACACUUCAAAAACGAUCGCAUCUUCUUUGUCAAUCAGACAUAUCUUCCAAGCGAAACACCGGCUCCACUGGUGAAGUAUAGAGAAGAAGAGUUAGUUAAUUUGAGAGGAGAUGGAACGGGAGAACGUAGAGAGUGGGACAGGGUCUAUGACUAUGAUGUCUACAAUGAU